UUCCCCAACCUAUUUUUCCUUAUAACCGCCUUCACUUUAAAGACAAUCGACACAAUGACAACCUCCCACGGUUCCCUAAUAGAAACAAGAACCGCCGUAUUAACAGCCGGCAAACGAGGACCAAUGCUUCUACAAGACUCUGUCUUCUUAGACGAAUUAAUGAAGUUUGACCGAGAAAGGAUACCCGAAAGAGUAGUGCAUGCAAAAGGGGCAGCGGCUUUUGGCUAUUUUGUGGUAACCAACGAUAUUACAAAGUAUACGAAAGCUUCGAUCUUUGCAAAGAUUGGGAAGAGAACCCCCUGUUUCUUUAGAUUUUCGACUGUUGCUGGAGAGAAGGGAAGCUCAGACCUAUUGCGUGAUCCAAGAGGAUUUGCUAUGAAAUAUUAUACAGACGAAGGCAAUUGGGACCUAGUUGGCAACAAUGCCCCAAUAUUCUUCAUUCGAGACCCAAUCCUCUUCCCCAGUUUUAUCCACAGCCAAAAGAGAAAUCCGAGGACGAAUCUGCACGACCCAAAUAUGGUUUGGGAUUUUGUGUCGUUGAGGCCUGAGGCUAUAAACAUGAUAUUGAGGAUAUUUUCUGAUUUGGGAACGCCUGAUGGUUUUAGAAAGAUGAAUGGGUUUGGAACUAAUACGUUCAAAUUGGUCAACGCAAACGGAACAGCCGUUUAUUGCAAAUUUAAAUUAGAAUCGGUUCAGGGUGUUCACAAUUUAACAGCAGAAAGGGCUGCAAAGUUAGCACAGGAAGACCCAGAUUAUUCUACGAGAGAUUUAUUUAAUGCCAUUGAAAGAGGAGACUUCCCUAAAUGGAUCUUUAAAAUACAAGUAAUGACAUUCGAACAAGCAGCAAAAUAUCGCUACAACCCUUUUGAUGCAACAAAAACCUGGUCUGAAGCAGAAUUUCCUUUAAUAACUGUUGGACAAGUAACACUAAAUAAAAACCCUACCAACUUUUUUGCUCAAGUGGAACAGGCUGCUUUUGACCCUGCAAGGAUGGUUAGGGGAAUUGAAGCUUCUCCUGACAAAUUACUUCAGGGCAGAUUAUUCUCCUACAUGGACACUCAACAUCACCGUUUAGGCCCUAACCACAUGCUCUUGCCAAUAAACAGACCCCUUAAACCAGCAGAAAAUACACAGAGAGACGGCCUAAACCAAUUUGGAGAGAAUGGGGGAGACUCUCCAAAUUACUACCCAAACUCUUUUAGAGGGCCUGAACCUACUGGGAAGGCUGCUCAAGAAAGCCAGUUUGUUUUAGAGAAGGAACUAGUUGCGAGGUUUGAAAGUGGAGAUGAUGAUAAUUACUCACAACCUGCGGAUAUGUGGAAAAAUCAAUUAGACCAAGGAGCACGUAAACGCUUAACAGAAAACAUAGCAGCUUCAUUGUGCCAAGCAUUGCCCAGAAUUCAAAAAAGAAUGCUUAACGAAUUCGGAAAAGUUUCAAAAGAUUUGCAAAGAAUGGUAGAACAAGAAAUAAAAAAGAGACAAAAUUAUUAAAAAUUAGGUCAUCCCUCCAAUAAAAUAUUUUUUUACAAUUUGUUCCCCUUUUUAAAAAUAAACUUUUUUCUAUUCUUCCCUUUUAGUAGAAAAUGAGGGGAAAUAAUACGCCUGUGUUUCAGCUUAAUGAGUGAGACGAAAAUAAAUAUGUACAUUGUUUUCCGGAAAAUUAUAAAUAUC